AUGUACCAAAUACAAAAAGAGCUUAAUAGAUAUCAUCUGCUAAUGGCAUCAAAAUCUUGUCUCUUUUUUUCAUUCUUCACUCUCAUUUUGCUUAUUUCUCUUGUGUCUCACCCUACUUCAGCACACAGACUCUUAAAAGAAGAAAAAUUAUCUGGUUUUGAUUUCCUUAAACAUCUACAAGGAUGCCAUAAGGGGGACAAAGUUAAAGGCAUACAUAAUCUCAAAAACUACCUCCAUAAUUUUGGGUAUUUGAGCUACAAAAAUCAAUCACAUUCGGCCGAUGAUGAUUUUGACGAUCUUUUAGAGUCCGCCGUCAAAACAUACCAGCUCAACUACCAUUUAAAUGUCACCGGCUUUUUAGAUUCCGAAACGGUAUCAAAGAUGAUCAUGCCUAGGUGUGGAGUUGCAGACAUAAUCAAUGGAAAAACACGAAUGGAAUCCGGCAAGAAGAGCGGCCACCAUGAUAACUCUACAUCUUUCCAUACAGUCUCUCACUUUUCUUUCUUUCCUGGAAACCCUAAAUGGCCAGCCUCAAAAUACGCUCUCACCUACGCCUUUCUUCCUGGAACUGCAAAUCAAGCUAUGAAUCCAGUUUCUAGAGCAUUUAAAACAUGGGCGGGCAAUACCCAUUUUAGAUUUUCCAGGGUUCAAAAUCCUAGGGAUGCAGACAUUAAAAUCGGGUUUAAAAGUAGAGAUCACGGGGACGGGAAUGAUUUUGAUGGGCGCGGAGGAACUAUUGCUCAUGCUUUUGCACCUCAGGAUGGAAGGUUCCAUUAUGAUGGUGAUGAGCCAUAUGCAGUUGGUGCAACUCGAGGCGCUUAUGAUUUCGAGACGAUUGCAUUGCAUGAAAUAGGACAUUUACUUGGACUACACCAUAGUUCAGUAGAGGGUGCUAUAAUGUAUCCUGAAAUUUCUACCGGAGUUACUAAGGGUUUACACAGGGAUGAUAUUCAGGGAAUUCAAGUUUUGUAUAAUGUAUGAAACUAGUUUAUUUUGUUUUUAUGUUUGUUAUGUAACAUGAUACGGAGGUCGGAGAAUAAUCAUGGUUUCGGUUUUUUCCCCUUUAUAGAAGUUAAUAUAUGGCAUUAUGUACUGAUUCUUAAAGCAAUGAAAUAAAACAUACUUUACAGAUA